UACGUACACGUUUCGAUUCCGGAAACUUGUGUCACCAUCAGGAGGAAGUUCGAAAAACGAAGCGCCUGAAGCGAACCAAGCCCCCCAAAAAGAAGGAUUUAAAGUCGAGAUAAAACUAAAUAUGGACACCAACGCCCCGCAGCAGACGGCAGCCAGAGAUGCUUCUGGAUCAGAGGAGGAGACCCAAAAGACAGCAGCUGCAGCCCAGGUCAGCCAUUUGUCUGAAAUCCGCCUGGUGGUGUUAGGAUGGAGGUGGCCCGGGAAGAGCUUGACGGCCAACACCAUCCUAGGCAGGGAGGAGUUCCACCUGGAACGAGCGGCCGAGUUCUGCGUUACCAGGGAGACGGAGGUGGAGGGGCGCCAGGUGAUUGUGGUGGACACUCCCGGCUGGUUCUCCGCUCAGGAAACCCCUUCCUCCUAUAAACAGGAGCUGGUCAGGGGCGCCUCACUUUGCCCUCCAGGUCCUCAUGCCUUCCUGCUCAUCAUCCCUGUGGGCAUUUUCGGUGAGGUGGACCGCGCACGCAUCGAGGAGCAUGUGAGCCUCUUUGGGGAGCACGUAUGGAACCAUACGAUCGUGGUGUUCACCUGGGCCGAGAUGCUGCGGAAAAUUUCUAUUGAGCGUUACAUACACAGGGAGGGGAAAGACCUGCAGUGGGUGCUGAGGAAGUGUAAGAAAAGGUUCUUCGUUAUUAACAACUCCAUAUUUGGGGACAAUCCUCAGGUGGGACAGCUAAUGAGGAAGGUUGAGAAGAUGGUGGCAGAAGAAGGGGGCCUCUACAGUUUAAAGGUGGAGGAGAAACCUUUGGAUGGGAACCAGAAUCAAGUCAGGUCGGCACAGGAGCUGGGAGCCCGACCCAAACAGAACUCUGGACUUGACCUCUCAAAGACCGUGGAGGCAGAGCAGAACUGCAAUUAAACGGACCCCGUGUGCCGAUGGACCGUCUGCUGACUGACACAUGAAAAGCCAGGGACCUGUAAACAAAAUGUUACUGAAUGUAGAGAAAAACCUACAAAUAUAUCAUAUUUAAAGUAAUAAACAGACAUGUUAAUGUGCUUGAGGCCUUUUCAACAACAUGUCAAUAUAUCAUUGUAAUUUUUAUCCUUUUUACUGUUUGGAUGAAUUGUGGUGUAUAUUGCGGUAGGAGGAAUAUAAAACUAAGGAGCACAGGUUGUUACAUACAAAAUUAGCUGACAUUAUUAGCCCCAUCUAGACUACCCGUUUAAAACUGUGCCGAGAUCGGUCCAAGCAUGGUAACCGAGAUAACUGUAGAGUGUAAAUGGAAUGCAAGUGAACCGGACCGCAUCAGACACAACGGAACCACACUAAACUGAUACUAGUUCAUCAGUAGGGCUCGGAACAGUUCAGUUCUGGCUAAAUUCUCCGAUAACUAAGAGCGCAUCAGGAGGCCGCGUCAUCUCUUUACAGUCAGCCUACAUAAUCAUAACAUUGCAGACAUUCAUAAAAAUACCAGCUUCCCUACCAUGCCACACGAUUUCCAGUGAUGAUUCUGCUUGCAGUGUGAUGAACUUCAACGUCUGUCGUUGUUUCUUGCGUCUGUAAGCCCUGAUUAGACUAUUGUUUGUCGUAUCCACUUCCCAAAAGCCGACUGUCAAGUAAAUUUACCAAAGGCUGCCUUUUUCGCCUGACUCCCCACAAACUUCCUGAAUGUUACGGAUCGCACCAUGUUGAUUUGCUUAAUUCCCUCUAGAGAGCAGUAGUACCGUAGAUCGUCACUAGAAGGCGAGGAACCGUGCUAGCGCGAUGUGUAAACGGCCAUUAAGAACCAAGCUCUGCACGGUAAACUGAUCCAAACUCUGUCCUGACUAGGCACAGAUCUGUUUUCACAGGGUAUUGUAAGUGGGGUUUAGUACAAGUUCAUCAGUAGGGCUUGCCUCGGCAUAGUUCAGUUGGUUUUCGGGUUCUCUGAUAACAAAGAGCGCAUGAGCAGACCGUGUCAUCUCCUAUUUACAGCCAGCUGACUUAUUUCACAGGUAUUCCAGCUUCUCCAGCUUUGUAAUUCACAUAUGUCUUCACCUAUUCACAACACAAACUUAUAUUCAGCCAUAAAUGGCAUCAAAAGAGCAUGAUGCUACCUGGGAUGAUGCGAUUAUAGGCUCUCCCUGAAAUGUGGGUGGAAGACGCUAUCCAGUCACAUAAGUUCCUGAAUGUUAUGGGCACCGCCGUUUUUGUUUGCAUAAUUCCCGCGGUGAGAUCUGCAGUAUUGUGGAUCGCUGAUAGGAGGCGAGGAACCGUGUUAGCAUCUUAUGUAAAUAGUCGUAGGAACCAAGCUCGGCACGGUUAACUGAUCCAAGCUCGGUCCAAACUCAGCAUGGAUCAGAUUCAGAGGAUUAGUGUAAAUGGGGCAAAUUGUUUUCAAACUCAGCACUCCUUACAGAUGUUGGACACUGACAACAGGACCGCACUACUCAACUGUCACUGGCAUUUUCUGAUGAGCUGAUCGGUUUUUAUUUGUUUCUUUUUCCAGACAAUUCCCUUUUGUUGUGACCAAACUGAAUAGUUUAGUCCUCCUGCAUGUUUUUUUUUCCAUCGAUCUUUUUAAAACUGUACCACUAAACCAGUUAUUGACUACUCUCCAAGUGUUGCCCUUUAGCGCAUGUUUAUAGUAAAUUCUGACCUACCUUGGUGUUACUUCUUAACCUGCUGAAAUAAUCAGUCUUCGUAACCUGAACAGUUACUUUAGUUUUUCUUUUUAUUAUUUUACUGUCUGAAGUGAAAUGUUCUUUAGUUUCCUACAGAAUAAAACAUUUAAACUGUU